AUGCUAUCCACCGUUCCUCUCAAUGCGGGCCGCCGACGCGUAUUCGGCUCGGUUUUCUCUCCCGCGUCUCUUGAAGCUCGCCCGCCGCUCGCCUCGAGCUUCGAUCACGAUCAAGCUGCGCUCGCUUCCUUCCAGUCGACUGCCUCGUUCGCCACUUUGAAAGUAGAUUCGCAGACAGGGUCUUUUGUGUCCGCGCAUGAAACCACUGAUCCACUUUCCGACCACAAAACAUGGGAUCAGGCAUGGUCUGCCGCAACCGCCUUUCUGUCUAUUCCAGAUCAUGGGUUUGCUCCAAUUUACGAAGCUAGGGAUACCGAUGGGAGUGAGAUGCUCAGGGCAUGGAACCGACUCACCCCACCAUCCAAAGAGACAGCCGAAUCCCUGUCCUACCUAGCGGCUGCGGCACAACAAACCAACACUCUACAGCGCGGAGCCAGCUCGCGAGAUUUGUUUAGCUGGUAUAGUGAGGAGAUUCGGCGACACUUCUUGACAAACUUGCGAGGUGGACUAUACGAGGUCCUCCACAGCUCUGAUAUGGCAGGCUUGUUACGAACGAUCGUCGAUUGCCUUCAGCUGGCUUUUCGGUUAUACUUGGCCCCUAUUCGACACUACCUCUUGCCAUUGAUUCCCACCCCCGAACAGAGCCGCAUAUUCACCCAACUUCAGUGGGGCUUCCAUACGGUUGUCUCGUAUUCUUUGCCAUGGCUACAGAUCUCACCGUUGUUAGCCCAGGAAUUUGCGCAAGAUGCGCUCAUCAUUCUCGGUAUCGACACUUUGCUUGAAGACCCGGACUCGGAUGACGAAGAACAGGAUGAAAUGGAAGUAGAUGGAGAGUACUCGGUAUCGUACUGUGACUGGAAGCAGGCCAAUGCAGAGACUCGCGCCCAUAUGAUGACAGAACAUGAAAAGAACGAAGUCACAAUGGCCCGGGAUCGUCUUCUAGCUUUCCUCAACGGCUUGCAGCUCGUGGGACUUGGCGGCGAUAAGGCCCAGAUGGUAUUUGCCAAUGUGAUGAACAUCAUGAUGACUGAGUUUAUACGCGGGGCCUAUACCUCUCAAUGGGAAACCCCGACAUCAGUACCGCAGCAUUUGAGACAUUGGGUUGAGAAUGUUUUUGCGCGUCUUGCCGUUCAAGUCCUCAAUAUUAUCCACACGCAGCCGAGCAAUCAGCCAGCUGGUACACUUGAUGUCAGCUUUGCAGAUGUGGAAAAAUGGCAAGAAAUUGCCAUCUCUCGUCUGGGUGCGCUGCGGGCCAGUGAGCUUUUCGAUGUUAUUGUUGAAUGGCCUACCAGCACUGGAGCCGUGGAGGAUUUGAAACAUUUUACCACCCAUCCUGCCGCCCGCACAUACGUCACCCAGUCGUUUAUUGCGAUUCUAAACCAGCGGCUCUUGCACCCCGGUGCCUCAACGGUGGAGAUAUUGCAAUUGUACAUAUCCAUCAUCCGCGCCUUUCACCUCCUAGACCCAAAGGGUGUUCUUCUCGACCGCAUUGCUCGGCCUAUUCGACGAUACCUUCGCGACCGUGAAGACACCGUGAAGGUAAUUGUCAGUGGUCUCUUGGCUGAGCCCCAGACUGGUGAUACUUCGGGUCUACCUUCCAGUCAUGACACCUUGGUUGAGCUGUCAACGGAGCUGUCAAAAGCGCACCAACUUUCUCUGCAAACGAAUACUAGCGAACUGGACUGGGAUGACAUGAACUGGAUGCCAGAUCCCGUCGAUGCAGCACCAGACUACCGGAAAUCGAAGAGCUCAGAUGUCAUUGAUAGUCUGAUCAGUCUCUUCGACUCUAAGGAAACAUUUGUCAAGGAACUACAGACCCUUCUCGGCGACAGGCUUCUCCAGAAGCGCGAAGAUUACGACCAAGAGAUCUCCGUUCUCGAAUUACUCAAGUCAUGCUUCGGGAUAUAUCCGACUCUCGACGGGUCGACCACUCCAUCCGCCACGACCAGGGCCUUUCCAAGCCCCCCCUCACGCGCCCAUCCAAAACGCCCAACAUCACGCCCCAGUCCUCCAGACCUUCACGCCAAAAUUCUAUCUCGUUUCUUCUGGCCCGAAAUCCAAGACCAAGAAUUCAUCGUUCCAGAAGAGAUCGCCUCGCUCCAAGAGCGUUACUCAGAGGGCUUCGAGACGCUCAAGCAGUCGCGCAAACUGACCUGGCGCAACGGCCUAGGCCAAGUCACUGUGGAACUAGAGCUCGGCGACCGCUCAUUCUCAAACGAAGUUACAACCUGGCAAGCAACCGUCAUCCACGCCUUCAACUCAACGACCGAUGAACAGGAGCCGAUUUCCAAAUCUAUCCUCGACCUCUCCGCUGACCUGAAGAUGACCAGCGCUCUCGUUCGCAGCGCCUGCUUGUUCUGGGUCAGCAAGCGUAUUCUCGCCGAAACAUCCCGCGAUACAUUCCGCGUUCUAGAAUUCCUCCCCACAGAAGCAGAAGUUGCAGAAGGCUCUGCCAACAAUGACGGCGGUGUCGGUGGUAUCGCCGCCGACGCAGGUGACGCAGCUGCGGCUGCCGAAGCCGCCGCGGCAACAGCAGCAAAGGAAACCGCUGAGGCGGCAGCUAUGGAAAAGAUGAAUCUUUACUGGCAAUUCAUUCUUGGCAUGCUGACGAACCAGGGUGCGAUGAAUCUGCAGAAAAUUGUUAUGAUGCUGAAGAUUGUCGUGCCUGGUGGUUUCCCGUUUAGUAAUGAGGAAUUGCGGGAGUUCCUUGCUGGGAUGAUUUCCAAAGGCAAGUUGGAGAUUGUUAGUGGGGGCAGCUAUAAGCUUGUUCAUUAG